UCGGGCCAGUGCCGCGGCGGUCCGAGAGAAGCGCGCGGGAGGCCAGAAAGUGCGGCGAGGCCCGGUGCCAUGAACUCGGCUGUGGUCGGUGCGACUCGCUGAGUCUCGAGCCGAUUCCGAGUCCGCUGCACCGCCGACGGGAGUCACCAUGCGGACGCUGGUGCUGGUGACGCUGUGGUUCGGCGCGACGAACGCCGAGUUUCGGAUGGCGUGCGACGCAGCCGCCAAGACCAAGGGUCACUACAAGUGUAUGGAGGACGGCCUGAUCCAGUGCCUGCCCGGCUGGACGGGCGACGUUUGCGACGUGCCCAUCUGUAAGACUGGCUGCGACCCGCUGCUCGGUUACUGCAAGCAGCCCGACGAGUGCAUCUGCAAGAUCGGGUAUGGCGGCGAGCUGUGCACCGACUGUGUGCCACUGCCCGGCUGUAUGAACGGCCACUGCCGCAAGAGCUUCGAGUGCCACUGCAAUGAGGGCUGGACCGGCCUCUUCUGCAACAAACCGGUGUGUGCAAGUGGAUGUGAUAAGUCGAGGGGAUACUGCUCCCAGCCCAACGAAUGCAAAUGUCGCAUCGGCUGGGCGGGGAAGCUGUGCAGCGAGUGCCAGCUUCUUCCCGGCUGCAUAAAGGGCUAUUGUGACAAGCCGCUGGAAUGCAAGUGCCUUCCCGGCUGGACAGGGUUCUUCUGCGAACGAGCCAUAUGCGCUGACGGCUGUAGCAAGGACCACGGAUAUUGCGAGAAGCCGGGCACGUGCAGGUGUGACCUUGGCUGGCACGGCGCCAGCUGUGACACGUGCUUCCCAUACCCGGGCUGUGUCAACGGCAACUGCACGGAGCCUUGGAAGUGUGACUGCCGCGAGGGCUGGACCGGCUUCCUCUGCGACAAGCCGGUGGACCCAUGCGCAUACCGCGCUGGUGUCUGCCGGAACGGCGGCACCUGCCGGAACGUCAUCGUCGACGAGGACCCGGCCUACCGGUGCGUCUGCCCGGCUGGCUUCUCCGGCAAUAAGUGCGAGGUGCGCGUGACGACCACCACCACGACAACCACCACCACCUCAACCACGACCGCCCCGCCGCCGGCGCUGCGGACCAGCGAGCAACGCGUCGUUUCCAACCGGGUGGACCGCCGCGUGGACGCCACGGUCGGGAAUGUGACGGCCACCCACCCGGACGAUCAGGAGCUGACGACGGCCGCGCCGCCGCCGCCGCUCGACCCCGAGACGCAGGCGCAGGUCAUCGCCGACAACAUCAAGUACGUCAUCACUUCCUUCAAGCGCAUGGCGAAGAGCCUGUUCCCGCCGGCGGCCAGUCGGCGGAUGGACCUGACGGAGGGGGGCGCCGUAGCCCGACCGCGCUCGCGCCGCUCCGGCAUGGAACGCUGUCUGCUGGUGCUGACGCUGGUGCUGCUCAGCUCCAGCGUCGCCCUGGUGCUGGCGCUGACGCAGGUGGUCAAGGGGCCGGCGGUCGAGACGCCGCCGACACCCUCGCAAGCGACGCCCAACGACUCGGCCUCGACGGCUGGUGACCGACAUGCCCGCUUCGCGUACUCCGACAGGGGUCUAUGUGUGACCAAGACAUGCGUGGAGGUAGCCUCCCAGCUGCUGCAGUAUCGGGACGAGGCAGCCGACCCCUGCCAGAACUUCCACGCCUACGCCUGCGGAGCCUGGCAGGAGGAGAACAAGGUGCUCGGCCUGCUAGAGCCCUCGGAGAGCUACACCAUCAACGGCGACUACUUAGACAACCUGGUGGACCGCAGGAUUCUGAAACUUCUAGAUGCCCCGGACCAGAGCCCAGUAGUGGGUAUCGCCUGGGCGCAGUACUUCUACAGUCACUGCGUCAACGAACUGCAUGGGACAGAGGAGGAGCUGGACAUGGCGGCGGACUUCAUCUUUCAAAGGCUUCUGGGCGGCCUGAAGACGGCGGACGCCUGGGCGGCAGCACCGGCCGACCUGACCUCGACACUGCUGCGCCUGCGCCGGCUGACGGACGACUCACUGCUGGACGCGACGCUGAUGGAGGAGCUGUACGGUGCGCCGCGGGCCGUCCUGACCGUGCGGCUGGCCCAGAACGGCCUGGGCGGCAAUGCCAAACACCGCCGCCCGCCGCGCCGCCGAACCCGCCUCGCCAAGAAGAAGCGACGCCGGCUCGAAUCCCGACGACUGACAACGCUGACAGGCAUCACUCGGCCCGCGUCGGACGAGUGGGACGACUACGGUCCCGACGUCGACGACGAGCGCGCCGACUACGACUAUACCGCGCUCGACUACGGCGAGACGGCCGAUAAUAACGAGCAGGCCUGGGUCGACGAGGAUAUGGCUAGAGACGGCGAGGCCUCGGCUUGGGGCAGCGGGUCGGGCGGAGGCGCCGAUCAAGUGCAGAAUAUUUCGCGGCUUUAUGCGGACGACAGGGAGGAGGCCCACUCUGACAAGAUGGAUGAUAUCAAGGAAUUUUUCAAGGAAAACAUUGCUGCCAAGGGCCUCUUCCCUGAGCGCGGCAGCGAGAUUGAACUGGAAAAUAUGAUCCGAUUUUUGCAAGACCUACAUCUGAUCCUGCCCAGCCCUAAAGAGAGAGACAUCAUGGCCACCCGGUACUACCUGCUUCAGCGUGGAGGCACAGUGAUGUCAAUGCAGGCCGAGUACCCUUACAUCGACUGGAUGCGCUUCCUGCCGGGGGUCACGCAGAUCGCCGUCAAGCCAGACGACCCCGUGUACGUGUACUUCCCGCGCUACCUGGCACAGCUGGGCGAUCUGCUGCGCAGGCACGAGCCGAGGGUCGUCCACAACGCCCUCAUGCUGGCGUUCAGGGCCGAGCAUCUGGCGGCGGUCGUAUCGGAACUGUCAGACGCCGACGACACCCUGGAGGCUGGCCAGCGCUACUGCGCCGCGAUGACCCGAGACACGUUCCCCGAGGCGACGGCGGCGCUCUACGUGCGCGCAGUCGGCCGGCGGAAGGUGGACCAGUUACGCACCAAGGUGUCGUCGAUUAUGGAAGCCGUGCGCUCUGAGCUGCUGGACAGCAUAGCGCGGAAGGCCGCCUCAGGCGCCGACCCUCUGCUGGAGAUGGCCGAGCGCAAGAUUCGAAACACACGCCUCUUCCUGCUGGCCCCGGAGCACACGUGGGACGAUCAAUACAUCACGAGACACACACCGCCCGUCAACCGACUGUGGCCCGAGCCGGAGGCGGGAGGUGUGCUGGUUCGGCCCGGACGGUACAAGCUGGUGGACAUGCUGCGCGGCCAGGUCUCGCGCGACCCGACCCGAUGGCCCCCCGAGGCGCCACCGUUCACGGCCAACGCCUUCCACAUCGCCUCUCGGAACGCAGUCGGCGUUCCGCUGGCGCUGCUGACGGAGCCGUACUUCUAUGACAACGUACCGGAGUACGUGCAGUACGCCGUGCUGGGCGUCACCAUGGCCCACGAGCUGCUGCACGGCAUCGAUAACGCAGGGUUUCACUUUGACGAGAGCGGCGCCGUUCGUCGUCUAACGGCCAACGAAGAGCGGAUGAUAGCGGACAAGUUCAGCUGUGUGCGUAACGAAUACGUACAGGGCCUCUCCAGGGUGAUAGAGGUGAACGACCAACCCGUCCUCCUGCAGAUGGACGGCGACCUGGGCCUGAUGGAGAACGGAGCCGACUUCAGCAGUCUGGCUCUCACAUGGGCGGCCUACAGUAGGUGGCGCCAAUACCAGGACCACGAAAGCAAGCUGCCCGGCGUCAAUCUCACCGACCGGCAGAUCUUUCUGCUGUCUCUCGCGCAGCUCUACUGCGCCAACAUCGAGCCGUGGUCGUACGUCUCUACAGUGGGAGCCGGCACACACCCACCGAACCCGGAGAGGGUGAACGGUAUGGUGAGGCAGACGCCGGCGUUCGGCGCCGCCUUCGGCUGUCCGGCCGGCAGCCCGAUGAACCCCUUCACCCGGUGUGACCCGGUCUGGUGAGGCGGUGACGCCGGUCUCUCCUCCCUUGUCCUCACGCCUGGCUCCCGCCGGGCACGUCUCGCGAGCCGGAGAUUUUCUUCGACGCUGUCUCGCGACGGAGCACCCCAGAGCCCACCGCCACACCUCGUGCCGAGGCGCCGCGCGUGCCGGCUGGUCGCGGUUCGUUCGGCCGGCGCCGAAGCCCCUGUCGAUGUGGCGCCGGGGGCGGACACCGGUUGCGCUGGCGUGCCGCCCCUCAAUGCUGUCCGGCCGGAGUCCGCUGCACGUCCCACGUCGAGGCGUCGGUGUAUGGACAGCGUCAGAAGGGACAACGUCUGGCCGGGCAGCGUCGUAAGGGGCAGUGCCGCACCGGACAGAGCGGGCCGGACAGCGCGGGACCGGGCAGCGUCGGACCGGACAGCGCUGGACUGGACAGCGCCGGACCGGACAGCGCUGGACCGGACAGCGUCGGACCAAACAGCGCUGGACCGGACAGCGCUGGGCCGGACGGCGGUUCGCGACCAGCGGGCCGUUCUGAUCCCAGCUGCGCGCGUGCACAUCAGGCAGGGCUUACCCGACGACAGCUGCCGAAUAGUGGCUGCGGGGAAGUAAUUACUGGGCAUCGGAGCAUGAUGGUGACCGUACCGCGUUUAUCGGGCAGGACAUGUAUCGCGAUGGUUACCGACAACGGCGCACCGAGCACGGGAAUUGAUCACCAGAUGAUUGGUGAGCUAUGUGGUGCUUUGUAUUGUCGCCGAGUAUAUAUUUCAUGUUAAAUUUGCGACGCGUUUGGUUGGGUCGACGUGGAAAAUGUCAGUCAGAUUGGCAGCCAAAACUGGCACAUUUUAUUACGGUUGCUGCUUGUGCCACUUUUCUUUUUAUGGUCACGUUUUGUCCACCGAGAGAUAUAAUACAAGCGCAUCAUUGUGAUGUUUACGGCAUGCGUGUGAACUUGACUUAGAUGGAAUUUAGCUUAUGCCACAGAGGUGUUUGUACAUGACAUCACAGAUGCGUCAAUACCAGUGACGAGAUUCCUUGAUUCGGACUUCAGACUACCAACUGAUUAACAGCUUAGGUAAACAGAAAGAUGCAGUGGGACCGAAUGAGCAAAUGAAUUAAUUUGACCAGAUGUGAUCUUAGGUCUUAAUCUUAUGAUACAAAGUGAUAGGUAAUAUUAUGUACAAGCAACGCGUAUUGCCCCGAAAAUCAUGCGUGAAGCAUAAACAUCACGAAGUCAUCGC